AUGGGGCCAGCAGCACCGGAACUGGGCGAAAGAGACAUGACGGUGGUGCGUGACGACAGGUAUUCGUUUCUGUUCCUCACGCAGCCGGACAAGCUGUUCUUCUUCGUGUUCUUCCGACUGGAACACGAGUUCCGCUGGCCAGAACGGAGACGAUAUACCGAUGCAGAUGCCGAAGCAUUGGCCGCUAGUGUUGCUAGCCAUCCCAUCUGCGAAUCGCUCGUGUUUGGGGAGAUUUGGCAGAAGCGGAUCCGGGGCUCUCUGAUCUCCCUCGAAGAGGGGAUAUUACAGCACUGGUCGCAUGGACGGAUCGUGUUGGCUGGCGAUUCUGUCCACAAAGUCACGCCAAACAUCGCGCUUGGGGGAAACUCCACAAUGGAAUCCGUGGUGGUGUUGUGCAACCAUCUUGAACGGACGGUGGCAGCUCACCACGGUGGCCGAGUCAGCCGGGCUACGCUGGGGAGGGUCUUUGACCAGUAUCGGCGAGACCGAGAGAAGCGGGUGCACGAGAUAAUGGAACUGUCUUCGCUGAUCACCAGAGUCCAGGCAUGGGGUGGGAUCCUGCCAAAGGUCCUGGCCUGUUGGGUGCUCCCCUUUCAAGCCGAUCACAAACUGACGGAUCAAUUGGGCGAACUGAUCAGAAUGGCACCGAAGUUGGAUUAUGUCGAAGUGGAUCAGGAAUUUGGACGAGGCCGGCUGGCGUGGGAGGACGAGAAAGACAGUCGUUCCCUUGACAAAGUAAAGAAGAUGGCUUUUGUCAGCAGAUUGACAGUGUAUUUGGCAAGAUGUUUGACAGCAUUGUUCUUGGCUUAUAGUCUGUCUAUUUAG